AUGGCUAAUGGAGAUUCUGGUCAAGGUAGCGGUAGCACGACUCCAGUAAGUGGAGCACCUGCUCCAUCGAUGGUGUCGCAAAAGCGGGUUCCCGCGAUCGGAGGCGGGCGCGGAGUAGCCUCUAUCCGGCAGACUGUUCUGAAGAAACAGAUCGCGCCUGCCGUUGGUUCGGAGAAUGUGGCACUGGCCUCCAUUCAGGCCAAACAGAUCGACCUACAGAAGUUGAUGAAAAAUGCAACUGAACAGAUAGAUGCAGUACAAUUCGAGCAGAGGAAAGACACAGCGCAGCGUGAGCAAGCGGAAAAGGAUCUAAGAGCACGACUAAGCCACCUGGAACAGAAGCAAGGAAAAGCUACUCCGCAGCAAGAACAGGCAGAAUCGGAUCCACGUCUGAAAGCGAAGCUAAGCCAGCUGGAAGUAGAACUGGAGACCGAGAAGAAAAAGAGGCUGGAAAUUGAACAGCGUCUUAAGGAGCUUGAGGAGAAGCACAACGCCACGCAGAACGCGCCAGCUGAUGCGAGUCUGUUGAAGCAGGUGAAUGAACUUGUCACAAACAUGAAGAUAUUGGAGGCUCAAUCUAAGUCCAACGCCCGCGCCAAGCCGGUAGCGCAGCAGGAUCCCGCCCAGAUUCAAUCUCAAAUGGAAACACGUGUGAAGAAAUCGGUCCAGUCGGAUAUCAAGGCUCAUGGUGAUAGGAUUGCUGAGCUGGAGAAGAAAUUCGCUGCAAUCCCCAAAAACGAAGGAAUUCCCUGGGAGCGGAUCGAUCGGAUUGAUCAAGAGAUCCAACCUAUCAAGUCUCAGCUCGAUAAAUUGGGUACUAAUAAUACGUCCAUCAUGGCUCGUCUUGAUGCCUUUGAUCUUGACAAAAGCAAAGAUCGUCUCAACAAGGUUAUACAGGAGCAAAGUACUAUGACACAGGUAUUUGAAACUGAUCUUGACCACCUUAAGGACGAGGUGAAGAUCAUGGAAGGAAGCAAUGACGAUCGUCUCAAAACACUUGAAAAUAGCAUGAAGGCCGCGACGAAAGGUGUCCGAGGAGAGUCUAUAGCAAGCAUAAAGGCACUUAAGGAGGAUCUGAAAGCUUUGCAGGAGUCCAAUCUAGUCCGGAGAGUUUCCGAACUUGAAUCAGGCUUAGACGCCCAGAAGGAGAGCAGUACGAAGCAGUUCCAGAAGAUUGAAGGCGACCUGUUGAACAGACCGACCGUAAGCCAGUACCAAUCGUUAAAGAAGCAACUGGACGUUUCUGGGCCAAUAAAGUCAUAUGUAGAUAAGCGCGUCGAACAGCAAGUGCCCUUACAUAUCAAUCCCAUAAAGAGCGCAUUGGAGGGAGACAUUGUCAAAUCUACAUAUAUCAUCAAGCGGGAUAUAGGGGAAGACAUGGCCAAAAUUCGUCAAGAGGUGGAACAGAGCGAAUCCACCUUGGAGGAGUUGGGCUCGUCCACUUAUGCUUCGAUGGAGCAAUUAAGAAAGGACAUAGCAUUGAAUGCGGCUGCAGUGGAAGGGUUACGUUCAGAAAUCGCGGACCUGGAUACAUCGUCCGCCCUUUCUAACAUAGAAAUCAACUUCGAGCGGGUAACGUCCGAAAACUCUCAUGACAUUGAGCGUUUACGAAAGGAUUUGAAUCGAUUACGAACUGCCUCUGGUCCCUCUGCAAAUCAGCAAUUCGCGACAAAGGAGAUGCUUGAAGAGUUUGAGGGCCGUCUUCUGAAGGUGGAAGAGACAGCAAAGAAUGCUCUGAAAGAAGCUGCAAAUGCCGUCCAGUUCACUGAAACAGAAAUUUGCGAUGGCAUGGACACGUUAUCGUCUCAAAUUAGUGCUCUAGAGAAGACUGUAGAGGCGGUCCAAGACGACGUCAAAUCCCUCCACGAGCAGCCCUCUUCCAGCGCUGAUCGCACCGGAUCAGCUAUUGUGUCUCUUUCCUCACUUUCAAGGGACAACGAGUCUACGAUAAGCGUGCGUGAAGAUACGCGUGCCGAAAACUCGGCGGUGGAGCACCGGCUCGAGCAACUGGACCUCAUGUUAAAAAGUUUGACUUCCCGGUGCGACAAUAUCACGACCGACUACCUGCACCAGAGCAUGUUGCAAUGGUUUCAGCAAUACUAUCCACAUGCGCCGAAUUUUCUUGGAGAGUUGGAUCAAGUUAAAGCGCAAUUGAGAAGAAUUGAUAGCAUCGCUAACACUAUAACCUUACUGGCAACGAAUCCCGAUUCUGCCCAAAGACUGGCCAGCCUCGCACGCGAUUAUGAUGCUAUUCAACAGCUCCUCCGUGAGAGGAGCACGUCAGGAAAUCCAGCCACGCCGGAAGAGCUCAACAGCCUUCGGAACAGGAUUGAUUCUGAAGCUCAAACGCGGGUCACUGAACUCAAAGCUGUCCAAGCCGCGUUGGCUGCUGAUCGAAAGGAGCUAACCGAUGGUCUAACCUCUGCCCAAAAUACCUUUGGCACUUAUUGUUCCAGAGUGGAUCGUUUGGAAGAGCAAUGUGGCAACGUGAACCGCAAGGCCGACAGCUUCAAGGCUGUGGUUGACAACGUGGAAUCUAAGAUUGACGACUGGAAGACUAAACUGGGCGAAGUCGACAAGGCGAGGGAGCUCUUAGCCAAUUCGGUCCUUACACUGCACGAUCAGAGUGCAAGCUUGGCCAGACGCAUGCUGACAGUCGAGUCUACGACCGGGGAGCAAGGGCAGACUCUGGAAACUCACCAGGAGUCCAUGGAUGAUGUGAAGUCCGCCAUCGAGCAGCAAGGACGAGUCCAGGAGACGCACCAGGAACUCAUCAACACCAUUAGUAGCAAAGUCGCAGUACUUCUAAUCACUUGCUACGACCUCCAGACGUUCACCCGCAUGAUAAACAAGAACCUUAGAGGCGGCGGCCUCCCGAAAGAGGUCUUCGACUUCCAGUACCCGUUGGAGAAGCCUCCUAAGCCCUGGCCCUAA